AUGGCGCCAUUGUGGAUUGGCCCGCUUUGCUCCGCCCACUUCCGGUCCCAGCUUCCUUUUCCUCACAACAACAACAGCUGGCACCAGAGAAAGAUGGCCGCCGCUACCAUGGCGGGGCUCGACUCCUACCGAAUGGAGGAUAAGAAGUUCGAGUACUUCUCCUCCAUCAACUCCAUGGCCAAAAAGAUCAUGCAGGAGCGGGAGAAAAUCAAGGCCAAGCACGGCUCGUCGUGGGAGAAAAUGUCGCCCCAGGAACAGGACACGGCCAUCGACAACUGGAUGAUGGACCCCCACAUCCGAGCCCGAUACGCCAUGCACAGGGUGGACCGGGACGAGGUGGUCUGCUACCCGAAACUGCUCAUCCAGACGGGUCAGAAGAUAGUCCACUUCGGGGAAGAGGACAUAACCUGGCAAGAUGAGCACUCUGCCCCUUUCUCCUGGGAAACCAAGAGUCAACUGGAGUUCAGCUUGACCCCUGGGUCUGUGGACCAGGGGGUCCCCGCCUCUCAGGCCGACCCAAAGGCAGCAAAAGCCCCCCACGCCGCCCAGAUUGGGAAAAACACGGCAGGAGUGAAGGUUUCUGUCAGCGAGGGCCGGCGGCCUGAGGAGGAGUCCUCGUUCUGGAAGAUCAGUGCCGAGCGGUCGAGGCUGGAAGGAGAAAAGGCGGACUUCCAGUCCCUGACCCCGAGCCAGAUCAAGUCCCUGGAGAAAGGAGAGAAACCCCUCCCCUCCUACCUGAGACAGGAGCCGGACCCAGCUGAGGUCCACCCCCCCGCCCCGGUCAGGUCCAUUAAGCAGAGAGCCCCCAAACCCCCCGCCCCCCCGCCCCCCAUCCCCACGGCGGUCAGCGCCACGCCCGCCUCCAUCUCCAUCGCUCCGCCCCCGGCCCCGCCCCUCGCCGCCCCCCCGACGGGGGGGGGCUGGGAGAGGUCCCAGAGCACCCUGCCGUCGGCCGGAAACGCCCUGGACCCAGAGAUGUUCUCCUCCAGCAUGGUCUCCAAACCCCCCAAGCCCUCCAGGCCACCCCCCAGCGCGGAGAAGGAGAAGGAGAAGGAGAAGGUGGAGGAGAGAUCACCCAACGUCGACGCCAGCCCCACCUUUUCCCAG